CUUGAGUAGACAGCAGGCCUGCAUUAUAUCCACAUUAUAGAGUCAUGAAUUGAAUAUUUGUUUUUUAUCAGACAAGGAGGCAACCACAAAGCGAAGAGACAAGAGGUUAGGCAUGGAAUCAGCCAAAGCUCCUGGAGGAGAGAUUCGGAGACUUCAUAUAAUCUACUUUCUCAGUCGAUUAGGUGGUCGCAUAGAGCAUCCUCAUCUCAUUCGUGUUCACCAUCUUGCUCGCAAUGGAGUCUAUCUCCGAGAUGUUAAGAGGUGGCUCGGUGAAUUGAGAGGAAAGGACUUGCCAGAAGCUUUUGCUUGGUCCUAUAAGAGGAGGUACAAGGCUGGUUAUGUGUGGCAAGAUUUGUUAGAUGACGACCUCAUCACCCCCAUCUCUGACAAUGAAUACGUCCUCAAAGGAUCACAAAUCAACCCUACCCCAUUGGAAACUAGUUCACAUGAUGAGAAGAAAGCUUCCAUUCCUAAGCAGCAACAAUGUUUGACAGAAGAACCUAAGAUUCAAACAAACCCAGAUUCAGCAGCAGAUACUCCCAGGAAAGUAUCUUCAGAAAUCAGCCAGGAAUCUGAUGGGUCAAACUUGACUGAUGAAUAUGAUUGUUCUAAGUUUGAAAGGAAGAAGGUUCCUAAACAGAACCCAGAUGAACAAAAUUCUGAGAGAUUAACUGAGAACUACUCUUUGCCUCCUCCGUUGUAUCAAAAUCUGUUGAACAAGAAGAGUAGGAAACAGGGGACAAAAGAUGAGAUGAUGAACAAGAACAAAACCGAUACACCAGAUGAUUCAUCCUUCUCUACGUCGUCGUCGUCGUCAUCUUAUUCUUCUUCAAAAUUCUCUUUUGAUAAGUGCAAAAGCUAUUCAGCUAGGCGUUCUUUUGUGUUUCGCAACUUGAUCACGUGCGGGAAUGCUGAUGUCAACGAUGCAGUUCUUGUCAUGUUGAACAAAAAAGAAUCAAACAAGUCUAAUGGUGAACCUAGUUCUGAGAUUUGUAAGGCGGAUAAAUUGGGAGGAUCAGCCAGGGGCUUUGCAAAUUCAUGGAAGCAUCAGAAACAUCAGCAAUAUGGAGCGAGCAGAAGAAGCUAUGACGGGGGCGAAACAAAUAGGAACAAGAAAAAGCUGGGCGACUUCAUGACUCAAAAUCAUCCCAAUCCAUUUGGUGGACCAACGUGCUCGCAAUGUGGGAAGAAGUUCAGGCCAGAGAAAAUGCAUAAGCACAUGAAGUCAUGCAGAGGAAUGAAAUCCUCGUCAAGAUCUGCAGAGAAGACAGCACCUCCCAGAUCAUCAACUUCCUCCAACACAGAUUCCACAAACUUCAUCCUCUUUAAAACAUGAAAUGCUUGGCUUCUAUGUUCCAUGUAGCGUCUUAUUUUAUAACUUGGCAAUGCUCAAUGAAA